UGAAGAUUCUGCAGCGAAUACACUCAGGUGUGGCCGUCUCGGAGCGGCGUGGCGGGCAAGUGGAUGGCUUCUUUCGUGGAUCAACAUGCCUAGAAUUCAUAACAUAAAAAAGUCUCUUAAACCUCACUUUUCUUGUGAAUCUGAUAAACAGCUGGAUUAUUUGCCUGACAAACUAAGAGCAAAGCUGCUUCCUUUCCAGAAGGAUGGCAUCUCUUUUGCCCUCAGAAGAAAUGGCAGGUGUAUGGUAGCUGAUGAAAUGGGACUAGGAAAAACAAUCCAGGCAAUUGCAGUCGCUUACUUCUAUAAAGAAGAAUGGCCUCUUUUAAUAGUGGUCCCUUCAUCUCUGAGGUACCCUUGGACAGAAGAAAUAGAGAAAUGGAUCCCAGAGCUGGGUCCAGAAGAAAUCAAUGUUAUUCAGAGUAAAACUGAUGUUGGGAGAAUAUCAACCAGCAAAGUGACAGUGCUGGGUUAUGGUCUUUUAACCGCAGAUGCAAAGACUUUGAUAGAUGCACUGAAUAAUGAGAACUUCGAAGUAGUUAUACUAGAUGAAUCGCACUACAUAAAGUCCAGAAAUGCCACCCGCAGCAAGAUUUUAUUGCCAUUAGUACAGAAAGCCACACGAGCCAUUCUUCUGACAGGAACUCCAGCUUUGGGAAGGCCUGAAGAGCUUUUCAUGCAAAUUGAAGCUCUCUUUCCACAAAAAUUUGGAACAUGGACUGAUUAUGCCAAAAGAUACUGUAAUGCACAUAUCAGAUAUUUUGGUAAAAGACCUCAGUGGGAUUAUAGAGGAGCAUCAAAUCUUAAUGAACUUCACCAGUUGUUAAGUGACAUAAUGAUUAGAAGAUUAAAGAAUGACGUUUUAACCCAGCUGCCCCCUAAAAUUAGACAGCGUAUUUCAUUUGAUCUUCCUUCAGCAGCAGCCAAGGAACUGAAUACCAGUCUUGAAGAGUGGGAGAAAUUAAUAAGAACCACUAAUUCAGGUGCCACUGAGAAGAGUAGCCACUCUUUACAAGUCAUGGGGUUGAUUACUCACAUGUUUAAACAAACUGCUAUUGCCAAGGCAGGUGCUGUAAAAGAUUAUAUUAAGAUGAUGCUUCAGAAUGAUUCACUAAAAUUUCUGGUUUUUGCUCACCAUUUGAGCAUGCUGCAAGCUUGCACAGAAGCAGUCAUAGAAAACAAGACUCGCUACGUUAGAAUAGAUGGAAGUGUUCCAUCUUCAGAAAGAAUACACCUAGUUAAUCAAUUUCAAAAGGAUCCUGAUACUCGUGUGGCUAUCCUAAGCAUUCAGGCUGCUGGUCAGGGUUUAACAUUUACUGCUGCCACUCAUGUUGUAUUUGCUGAACUGUACUGGGACCCUGGACAUAUAAAACAAGCAGAAGACCGUGCUCACCGAAUUGGGCAGUGCAGUUCUGUGAAUAUUCACUACCUCAUUGCGAAUGGAACUCUAGACACCCUUAUGUGGGGAAUGUUGAAUCGCAAGGCUCAGGUUACAGGGAGCACCUUGAAUGGUAGGAAGGAACAACUUCAGGCUGAGGAAACUGAUAAGGAAAAAUGGGAUUUCCUGAAAUUUGCUGAAGCUUGGACACCACGUGAAAGUUCUGAAGAGCUCAAGAAUGAAAUUUUGUUCACUCAUUUUGAAAAAGAAAAGCAGCAUGAUAUUCGAUCAUUCUUUUUACCACAACCUAAGAAAAGACAGUUGGUGACCUCCUGUGAUGAAUCAAAGAUAUUCCAGGAGAAAAAUACUGUAGAGGCAUCAGAUCCUACAAAAGUAGCAGCAAGAGAUACCACUGAUUAUGAAAGUAAUUUUGAACCUGAAGCUAAAAGAGUGAAGUCAGUCACCACCCAUGACUGCUGCAGUCCUCCAGAUGAGAAACCAUCCUGGUCCAGACAGUCCAAAGCUCCACUCACGGACGGUGUCCAAGAGGCCAAGUCCCAGGCGCCUGCCCCAUCCCUUCCUGGGACAGGCUGGCAGUGUGGUUUCUGCACCUUUAUCAAUAGUUCAGUAUUACCUUACUGUGAAAUGUGUGAGAAUCCUCAAGGCCGUGCUGAUAGCCUCAACCAUACCCAGGGUAAAAACAAAAAUAGGAAGGAUGGUUCUCAGAAAGAUACCUCCAAAGGAGUUGGAGCUAGCUUUGAUUGUGAAAAACAAGCCCUUGCACAGUCAGAAGCUGAACCAUUGGCUGAGAGCAAGGAAGAGCCAUCAAAAAUUGAAGGGGAAGAUGGUCUCACACCCCAGCCACGUAAUGAAGAGUUGAAGAGUUCCGACACUUUGCCAGUGUAUGAUAUCUUAAUGUUCUGUGCAAGUAAGAAUACUGACCGGAUUCAUCUCUAUACUAAGGAUGGGAAACAGAUGAACUGUAAUUUCAUUCCUUUGGAUAUAAAAUUAGACCUUUGGGAGGAUUUACCAGCAAGCUUUCAGCUAAAACAAAAUCGCUCACUGAUUUUGAGGUUUGCUCGAGAAUGGAGUAGUCUAACUGCCAUGAAGCAAAGGCUUAUCAGGAAAAGUGGGCAACUAUUCCAUAGUCCAAUUCUUGCUUUGGAAGAGAUCACAAAGCAACAAACCAAACAAAAUAGCACCAAAAGGUACAUAACCAAGGAAGAUGUUGCCGUAGCUUCAAUGGACAAGGUGAAGAAUGAUGGGGGCCAUGUCCGUCGGAUCACAAAGGAAUCAAGACCUCAGGACCCUUCCACCAAAAAAUUUCUUGAAGAUGGAGCCUGUGUCCCAUUUCUAAAUCCCUGCACAGCCCAAGCUGAUCUCCUUGUGAAACCUUCUACAUCCAAAGGCUAUUUGCAAGCUGUGAAUAAUGAAGGAAAUCCACUUUGCCUGCACUGUCAGCAACCCACUUGCCCAACCAAGCAAGAGUGUAAAGUUAAUGCUUGGGAUUCACGGUUUUGCUCUCUAAAAUGUCAGGAGGAAUUUUGGAUUCGAUCUCAUAACAGUUACCUGAGAGCCAAAGUAUUUGAGGUUGAACAUGGCGUGUGUCAGCUGUGUAAUCUGAAUGCACAAGAACUCUUUUUGCGUCUGAGAGAUGCUCCUAAAAGUCAGAGGAAGAAUUUUCUGGAUAUUACCUGGACCUCAAAACUUCCAUUAGAACAGCUAAAUGAAAUUAUAAGAAACCCAGGGGAAGGACAUUUCUGGCAGGUGGAUCACAUCAAGCCAGUCUACAGUGGAGGAGGGCAGUGCUCCCUGGACAACCUUCAGACUCUCUGUACAGUCUGUCACAGAGAGAGAACUGCCAAACAAGCCAAAGAAAGGAGCCAGGUGAGAAGACAGUCUCUAGCAUCAAAGCAUGGAUCUGACAUCACACGAUUUUUGGUAAAGCUGUCAAGUGUAAAAAAUACUUGAAUGGAUGGCAAAUGGUUUAUGUGGAAGAGUUGAUCACAUUUUUUAAAUAUUUGUCUAAUUUUGUGAGAACAAAACUUUUCAGAAUCAUGAUCAAGAAAUCAAUGCCCUUUACUUUAUAGUGAGGACUUUUGGUGUGAAAUAUCUUUUGAAACUUCUUAAUAGAAACUGAGAUACAAUACUAAAUACUCUGAGGUCUUGUUGAUUUUAAGCAUAUGCUCAAUUGUGGUCCAGCAAGGCUCUGUUAAGCCUGCAUGUCUACCUGGUAUACCUUAAUCACUGUAUUAUGCAUCAGUUGUGUUUGAAAAAUAUACUUUGGAUCACCUGAAAAAUGCUGCUGGAUUAGUAUUCAUUUUGGACUGUUUUGUAGUUAUAAAUGGAACAUUGCAUACCCAUAAGGGACAUUUUGUAGACAAAUUAUCCUUAAUUCAGGAAUUCUGGGCCAAGCAUGACCACCCUGCCUGGUAUGCAGAAGAUCUUUGCUCACUGAAUGCAUCCAAAAUGGGCUUGGGAUACACAUUUUAGGUUGUUGCUUUUUUUAAAUUUGUUAGCCUUCCAUCUUUAUUGAAAAGAUGCUAUUGAAAAUAAGCUAAUUAUACCUGUGGGGUUUGUGAACAAUUUGGGAGUUCUGGGUAAAGUAAUUCUUGAAACUAUUAAAAACCUGAAAACAUAAUAUGUAAAUGUUUUUAAGCUUCAUUUUAUUUUUAUUUUUGAAAUGCAUAAAACUAGCCUUACUAUCAAAGCACUCUUUGCCUCAUGGUUAUCAUUUUCUGU